UGUUACAAACGCACAUUAAACAACACUGAACAAAGACUGUUGUUUUUUGGGAUACAAAUAAAAAAUGCUGAAAUUAGGUAAAUUUCUGGCGCAAAAUGCCACGGUGGUCAAUCUAGUGGGCAGACAGCAAUUGGGCGCCACCAGCCGUUUUUAUUCGGCCUCCCCUAAAUCUGCCGACUCGGAUCUUCCAAUUGACAUAACGAAUCCUUAUGAAAAGGACCCCCAACAGUGCAUCCUGUGCAAGCACAGCAUUGAACCGCACUACAAGAAUGUGAAACUCCUUUCGCAAUUCCAAUCCCCGUACACAGGCCGCAUUUAUGGGCGUCACAUCACCGGAUUAUGCAAGCGCCGGCAGGAGCAAGUGGAGCAGGCCAUCCUCCGGGCACAGCAGUGUUUGCUGAUGCCAGGCUAUCACAAGGACCUCGAUUUCCUGCAGGACCCCAAGCUCUUUGAUCCCGAGAGGCCCGUGCGCCCACACAAGUACUAGUUUGUCUUUCAGUUUGAGUUUCCCUUCUUUUUUUGCAAUGGAAAUAGAGUUUCUUAAUGUUAUAUCUUA